AUGUCAUACAAAGAUUUACCCGAUAAAUUAGUAAUAAAUUUUGAUGAAGAUUGGCGAUUUAAACAAUCAGAAAAUACUUCUGAUAGUAAAAAUAUCACAUCAAUACGAUACGAUGAUCAACAAUGGGAAAGAGUUUCACUUCCUCAUAAACAAGAAAAAGUUGAUACUUCAUGUAAUUGGUAUCGUAAAUUUUUUGCAUUAAAUGAAUUUGAAGGAAAGAAAAAAUAUUAUUAUUUACAUUUUGAUCAAGAUAAAGAUAUAACAGGCGAUAUUUGGAUAAAUAAUAUAAAAAUAUUAAACGAUAAUGAUUCUUUAUCAUGUUUAACAAUUGAUAUAACAAAACAUGUUCAUUUUCAUGAAAAGAAUUUAGUUGUUUUAUGUGUAAAAAAUGAUACAUUUCAUUUACAAAUCUGUUUGAUUAUAACUGAUGAGAAAACAUUAACAUUGAAUUCGUCACAUGAACAAACAACAUAUUCCGGUCAAAUACCAAUUAAACAAAAACAUCAUACACCGUUUAAAUAUACGGCAAGUUUAACAGAUGAAGGACGUAUUAAUCUUUGUAUUGAUGAAGAUAAAAAAUAUCGAGAAGAAUAUUCAUCACAGUUUAAAGAACAAGAUGAAACUCUCAUCUAUGGUAAAGGUCUCAAUGAACGUGAUCGUUUAACACUUAAUAAACCGAUACCACAUUUAACAAUUUGUAUUAUGAUUGUUGGUAGUCGUGGUGAUGUUCAACCGUUUAUUGCCUUUGGUAAAAAACUUACAGAAGCUGGACAUCGUGUUCGUUUAGCUACACAUGAAACAUUUCGAAAAUUUGUACGUGAAAAUGGUCUUGAAUUUUAUCCACUUGGUGGUGAUCCAGCUGAUUUAAUGUCUUAUAUGGUAAAGAAUGCGGGUAUUAUACCGUCGGUACAUAGCAUCGUGAAUGGUGAUAUACAAAAAAAUCGCGUACAAAUAGUCGAUAUACUCGAUUCAACGUGGCGAGCGUGUAUUGAACCAGAUGAUGAGUCGGGAGAACCAUUUAUCGCCGAUGCAAUUAUUUCCAAUCCACCGACAUUCGGACAUAUUCAUUGUGCACAAAAAUUAAGUAUUCCUCUACAUAUUUGUUUUACAAUGCCUUGGUCUCCUACCGGUGCAUUUCCACAUCCGCUCUGCAAAGUCAACUAUACAAAACGUCAUCCAAUUGAAAAAAUUAAUUUCAUGUCCUAUCACGUUGUCGAAAUGUUAACAUGGUCGGCAAUGCGAGAUUUAAUUAAUAAUUUUCGUAAAAAUACACUCAAACUUGAUAAAUUACAUACAAGUCAAGCAACGCAUUUAAUCGUUGACGAACGUGUUCCACAUACAUAUUGCUGGUCACCAUCUAUCGUUGGUAAACCAGUGGAUUGGGGUGAUCACAUCGAUAUAAGUGGUUUCUUUUUUCUUGAAAAUUCGAACGAUUAUUCACCACCUGAAAAACUUGUUCAGUUUUUGAAAAAUGGUGAUUCUCCAUUUUAUAUUGGUUUUGGUAGUAUUACGGGUCAUGAUUCAAAACAUUUGUUUGAAAUUGUUGUUAAAACAUUAGAACGUGGUUCGUUUAGAGCAAUUAUAUCAGGAAAGUGGACAGGAGUCACUGAAAAAGAUUCAGCAAUAUCGGAUAAUAUUUAUCUUGUCGAAGAUUGCCCACAUGAUUGGUUAUUUCAACAUGUUCAAGCUGUGUGUCAUCAUGGUGGUGCUGGGACUACGGCUGCCGGACUAAGGUUAGGUAAACCGACUAUUAUUGUACCAUUUUUUGGUGAUCAGUUUUUUUGGGGAGCAAUGGUUGCUAAAUGCGGUGCCGGACCAAAGCCACUACCUGGUAAAAAUUUGGAUAUUAAUAAUUUGUUUGAGGCAUUUAAAUUUGCAUUAACACCCGAAGUUAGAGCAGCGGCAGAAAAAUUAGAAGAUGGAAUAAAGAAAGAAGAUGGCGUAGAAGCAGCUGUACGAGCCUUUCACACGGCUUUACCUCUGCAUCACAUGUUAAGUGAUCUUGAAUCGACCUAUCCAGCUCGUUAUUAUUUACCAGAAUAUGAUUUGAAAAUAUCUCUUCCCGUAGCUGAAGUAUUGAUUGCUGGUGAAGCUAUUAUCGAAUCCGAGCUGAAAAGCUAUCAUACAAAAGUAUGGGAAUUUCAACACGAUCAUAAUAUUCUAAGAAAAGGUCAACGUGCAUUUUCAAAUUUGUUAGCUUCGGUCGCCAGAGGUAUAUUUCAUUCUUCAAAAAGAGAAAAAGAGGAUUGUUUAAAUUUACCAUCUUCUCGAAGUCGAUCAAAUUCACUAGUGAGUACAGAUAAUACACCUGAAGGCUUAGCUGAGAUAAAAUCGGGUUUUACAAAAGAAACGUGUCGAAAAAUUUUAAAUGAGUUUGAACAAAUAAAACUUAGCCAAAACAAACAGUUACCGCAUGUUGAGAAAAAUAAAGAGGAAAUAGACACGCACAUGUAG